AUGAAUCACCCAAAUGUUUUUCUGCUGGGCUCAAAGACCGAACUUGGGAAGCCCCGUAGAAGCAACUACACUCUUCCUGGUUAUGAUUUCAACUACGGCUUGUAUUUGCACGGAAUGGAUGGAGGCGUUCCGGAAGCCAUUUGCCACUGGCACGUCCUGAAGCCCAGAAUUAUCUUGGAGAAGGAGAAGCCCCGUGACUACAUGACCACCAACGUCCAUGCGGUGAAGGACGGCUACGUCACGGCCCACGAGCAGAACCUCUACCGCAAGAUGAAGGAUUUCCACGUCAACAUAGAGGACGAGCGCCGGUUCAAGAGGACACCCCCCAAAGUCCCUGCAGAUAUGACCUACGGAAGACCAGCACGGCCCUCGACGCCUUUCUUCGAUCUGCUGCAGCACAAAUACAGAGAGAUUUGGAUGGACGAGCAGAGGGCGGUCAUCAAGGCUGAGAAAGCUGAGAAGAAACAAAAGAAACGCCGGGGGAAAUUCUACGAGACACGCACUUGCUUGCUGAGGAAGUUCCAGCCACCGAUGAAAAAGGAGGACCUUUGGCGUAUCCCCCAUUUCCAGAAGGUUGAACCACACCUCUCAACCUUCCCGGAUCAUGCUUCAUACAAGAAGGCACUUGAGGUCUUCCGUUCAGAAGUUCCUGUGAGGAUUGGGCCCUUGGCUCAAGGCAUUUACACCACAGCCUGUUAAGAUAUACGUAGAGGGAAGAAAGAGAGAGGAGGAAGAGAAGGCUGAACCACGAAA